UCCAACAACCCGAUCUUCUUGUCCCCCAUUCCGUUUCCUUCCUUUCCCCGUGUCCAUACCCCUUCCCUGCUAUCUCUGUUUUUGUGAUACGUUCUGUUCCAACCGUCGACAAAACCGACUUCGAAACGAAUUACAAUGGUGAUGGCAAUGACGCAAUUGCGCUCCCCGAGGCUGGCUGGGCAGUUCGCUCGGCAUGUGAAGACGGUGCGCGCCUUCACCACCAGUGCUGCCCUGCGCAAGGAGAUCCAGGAUGCCUACAUUCUCAGCGCUGCGCGCACACCGACAGCCAAGUUCAACGGCUCGUUUACCACUGUCGAGGCCUCCAAGCUGGGCGCUGUGGCGAUCAAGUCAGCACUGGAGAAAUCCAAGGUUCCCGUUGAGCACAUUACCGAUGUGUACAUGGGCAAUGUUCUCAGCGGCAACAUGGGCCAGGCCCCCGCUCGUCAAGCCGUCAUCUUCGCCGGUCUACCGCAGUCCGUAGAGGCCACCACCGUCAACAAGGUCUGCGCCUCGGGUCUCAAGUCCGUUGCGCUGGCUGCGCAGAACAUUGAGCUUGGUCUCGCUGAGGCGCAGAUUGCCGGUGGGAUGGAAAACAUGACGCGGGUGCCUUAUUACCUGCCUCGUGCCAGUGGCCUGCCUGCCUUUGGCAACGUCAAGCUUGAGGAUGGCUUAAUAAAGGACGGCCUGACCGAUGUUUACGACCAGUUUCACAUGGGCAACUGCUGUGAGAACACUGUGAAGGAACACGGCAUCACCAGAGAACAGCAGGAUGAGUACGCCAUCCAGUCCUACAAGAACGCGCAGAAGGCUUGGUCGGAGAAGGCAUUUGCCGAGGAGAUUGCCCCUGUCACUGUCAAGGGCCGCAAAGGCGACACAGUCAUUGAUACCGACGAGGGUUUCAUGGACAUCAAGUUCGAAAAGGUACCAACCCUCAAGCCAGCUUUCGUUCGCGACGGCAGUGGGACCGUAACCGCUGCCAACUCAUCGACCCUCAACGACGGCGCCAGCGCUCUGGUCCUGGGCAGCAAGGCCAUUGCGCAGAAGUACGGCUCUGGCUCGCGAGUAUUGGCCAAGAUCUGCGGGUACGCUGACGCCGCCAUCGCGCCCAUCGACUUCCCCGUGGCUCCAGCCAAGGCUGUGCCCAUUGCUCUCGAGCGUGCUGGUAUCACCAAGGACCAGGUGGCGGUUUGGGAGUUUAAUGAGGCCUUUGCCGGUGUUAUCCUGGCUAACUCCAAGAUCCUUGGUCUGGAGAACGCAAAGGUCAACCCUCUGGGCGGUGCUAUUUCCUUGGGCCACGCCCUCGGCAGCUCAGGGUCGCGCAUCUUGACGACUUUGCUUCACCAGCUGAAGCCUGGCGAGUACGGUGUCGCUGCCAUCUGCAAUGGUGGCGGUGCGGCUACUGCACUUGUGGUGCAGCGUGUAGAGUCGGUUUGAGAGCCAUGGCAUUUCAAAUGGUGUAAAUACAUACGCGAAAAGCAAAAAAAUGUAUAAAUGAAGCAUAAGUCUUCACCACACAUUGCGGGCUUGUCGAGGCAGUGGCGCGUUGUAGGGUAACCUGUAGAACAGGCCAUUGACGACGGGACUGGACCUCUCGUAUACUGCCAACGUUUCUCAACCUCUUCAUCAUCCAAAUUUCUUGACUGCCGCGACGGUGCGACAGCACACAUCAUGUCCCGGGUCAACGAACUGCUCGUCACAAUACGCAAAGAUAUCGCAAGCGGCAACGGAGAAAAACUCAGGCAAUGGCUGCAGGUGGUGCCAGAAGCCCCGGCUAGCUACCAUGAAAUGGGCCAGGAGCUUCGUGGCAAGCGGGACAAGCCAUUGCACGGAUCCCUCGAGAAAUGGAUCGAGCAUAUGAUCCCCGACGAGACGGACCAUGCCAAAGAAGGGCAGAUCACUGCGUGGGGCGGGCUGUACGCGUUUAU